AUGAUUUUUACUAUAAUAAUUAUUUGUGUUAUUUCUAUUAUUCAUACAUUUAUUGUUUAUAAUAAUUUUGUAAAAUCAUAUCCAUUUUCUACAGUACCUUUUUGGAAAGAUAAUCGAACAAUAAAUAAAAACCCACUAAUACCUUUAUUAAAAAUAGAAGAUGUUAAUUUAUCAAAUUUUACCAUAGUUAUUGCUUCUUGUUGUCGAAAUGUAAAAAAAAAUCUUGUUGGUUUUCAACGGAAUGUUCACGCCAUUACAGCAUUAUUUGGUGACUAUCGAAUUUAUCUCGGUGAAUCUGAUUCACAUGAUGAGACGUUAAAAUUCUUAAAUGAAUGGAGGAAAAAUGAUUUAGAUCAUAUUCGUGUUUAUUCAAAAGGACAACAACGAUGGCAAGUUCCCUCACGUACUGCUCGUAUUGCUUCAUGUCGGAAUACUCUUCUUCAACAAGUUCGUGAAGAAGUACCAUCAUUUGAUUAUUAUUUAGUGCUUGAUGUGGAUGUAGGUUCAUCACCUUCAUUUGACAUAAAAGAUUUUCUUUCGAAUUUUAUUUAUGAACGUUUUUCAUGGAUUGCAAUGACAGCAACACAACGAACAGAAUAUUAUGAUAUUUGGGCAUUACGUAUUAAAUCAAUAUUACCGUUUGAUUGUUGGCAACGUAUAAAAGAACUAACAUCGUUUUUUAUUGAUCGAACGUUUUUAACUAAGCAUUUAGUUAAAAUCCAUCAAGAACCUAUUCCACGUAAUAUCUCAUUAAUAGAAGUUGAAUCCGCAUUUGGUGGCGCCGCUUUAUACGAUGCUAAAUAUUUAAAUAUUGCGUGUUCAUAUGAAGGAAACAAUGAACAUGGAUGGUGGUGGAAUAAUGAACAAUGUGAACACGUAUCAUUUCAUCUAUGUAUUCAACGAUAUGCAAAUGAAAAAAAAAUCUACAUCAAUCCUCGAUUUCAGAUUUGCUAA